UAAAGAGCCGGGGAGGGAGGGGAUGAGAUUUCUCGCUACCCAAUCCCCCUUUUCCCCCGGGAGCCGCAGCCUUCCACGGUCCGUCCCUCCCUCUUGUUUGCUAAUCAUUUCAUUUUACUCCUUUUUGAAGCCGUGGCUUGUUUUUUAUCCCACUUUUCAUUUUGCACAAUCCGCGGCUGCUCGCCUCCCUCUGAUCCCGGCUCUGUCUGCUCCGUUCUCCCGGCGUCAGGCACUUCGGAUCCGGCUGAUUGUCCUCCGCCUCGCUCUCUCGGCUCCUCUGAGAUGCUCUCCCAGCUCCUCGCUUCUCUCUCCGCCCUCUUUUAACUUCACACAGACGCCAGUUUAAAGCCCGGGCCGCUGCGAGCCGGGGCUGGGAUCUAAAACAACCCCGAGAAACCCACAGGGAUCCGGGGCUCUACUCUGGAUCAGGACCCGGUACUUUGGGGAAGCUCGCUCGCGUGUCCCCCCACCCCUCCUCCCCCCUUUUCCUCCUCCUGAUUGCUCCUCUUUUCUCCACCUUAAUCCAGGUGGUCCUUUGGCUUUUUGAGUGGCUGGUACAGGGAGGAUUAUUCUUCUUCUUUCUUGUUUCUGGUGAAGACAAAGCUCCCCAAAGGACACUUUGAUGUUCUCCAUCCAGGACAGCCUCCCCCGGGGGGCCCUGACCAUGAAGGAGGAGCCGCUCCCCACCGGCAUGACCCCGGUCCGCUCCUGGAUGCAGGGCGCAGGGAUUUUGGACGCCAACACAGCGGCCCAGAGUGGCGUGGGUUUAGCCCGAGCUCACUUCGAGAAGCAGCCUCCAUCCAACCUGAGAAAGUCCAACUUCUUCCACUUCGUGCUGGCGCUGUACGACCGUCAGGGUCAGCCGGUGGAGAUCGAGAGGACGUCCUACGUCGACUUUGUGGAGAAAGACAAGGAGUACAACGGAGAGAAGACCAACAAUGGCAUCCACUACAGGCUGCAGCUCCUCUACAGCAACGGCAUCAGGACAGAACAGGACCUUUACGUUCGGCUCAUAGACUCAAUGACCAAACAGCCCAUCCUGUACGAAGGCCAGGACAAGAACCCGGAGAUGUGCCGUGUCCUGCUCACGCAUGAGAUCAUGUGCAGCCGGUGCUGUGACAAGAAGAGCUGUGGAAACCGAAACGAGACGCCAUCCGACCCCGUCAUCAUCGACAGAUUCUUCCUGAAGUUCUUCCUCAAGUGCAAUCAGAACUGUUUGAAAAAUGCAGGAAACCCUCGAGACAUGAGGAGGUUUCAGGUGGUGGUUUCCACUACAGUCAACGUGGAUGGUCAUGUGCUUGCCGUGUCGGACAACAUGUUUGUGCACAACAACUCCAAACACGGGCGCCGAGCCCGACGCCUGGACCCCUCUGAAGCAGCCACUCCCUGCAUCAAAGCCAUCAGUCCGAGCGAGGGCUGGACGACCGGCGGCGCCACCGUCAUCCUCAUCGGGGACAACUUCUUCGACGGCCUGCAGGUGGUCUUUGGCACGAUGCUGGUGUGGAGCGAGCUGAUCACCCCCCACGCCAUCCGGGUCCAGACCCCCCCUCGCCACAUCCCUGGGGUCGUAGAGGUCACGCUGUCCUACAAAUCCAAGCAGUUCUGCAAAGGAGCUCCGGGCCGCUUCGUGUACACGGCCCUGAACGAGCCCACCAUCGACUACGGCUUCCAGCGGCUGCAGAAGGUCAUCCCUCGCCACCCCGGGGACCCUGAGCGGUUACCUAAGGAGGUGCUGCUGAAGCGAGCCGCUGACCUGGUGGAGGCUCUGUAUGGGAUGCCACACAACAACCAGGAGAUCAUCCUGAAGCGAGCGGCCGACCUCACCGAGGCGCUCUACAGCGUUCCUCGCAGUCACAACCAGCUGCCGUCGCUCACCGGCUCCGCCGCUCACUCAGGGAUGAUGGGAGUGAACUCCUUCAGUAGUCAACUUGCCGUCAACAUCUCUGAGGCUUCACAGGCUGAUCAGGGUUACUCCCGUAACUCCAACAGCGUGUCUCCACGCGGCUACGUGCCCAGCUCCACGCCCCAGCAGUCCAACUACAACACCAUCACGUCCACCAUGAACGGCUACGGGGCGGGAAUGACCAACCUGGGCGUCCCCGGAUCCCCCAGCUUCCUCAACGGCUCCAGCGCCAACUCUGCCUACGCAAUCAAACAGAAGAGCGCCUUCGCCCCUGUCGUGCGGCCACAGACCUCCCCGCCCCCCACCUGCACCACCACCAAUGGCACCAACCUCCAGGCCAUGGCAGGUCUUAUCGUCCCCCCCAUGUGAGGACCACGCUCGACCCGGCCCGGCCCGGCCCGGCCCGGCCCGGCCUGGCCCGCCAGCCAGCCCAGCCUCCCUGGAACCACCUUCCCAUCAUCCCUCAGUGUGACUAACCCAGAAUUCACCACAGCUACUUGGCAGACGUUCAGCAGGCAAAGGUGAAGCCACUGCAGACGUCACCUCAAUGAAAAUGUUCUGAUGUCUGCAGCGGCUCCAUGUGGAGGCGGCCCCGCCCACAGAGGUCAGAGGUCAGAGGUCUGGAACCUGAACUGUGGGUGGGAGGGAAGGUGUCCGCGCUACUACGCAGAACUACCUGGUACUACACAGUAUUACUUGGUACUACACAGUAUUACCAGGUACUACACAGUACUACCAGGUACUACACAGUACUACCCUGUGAUUGAAUAGGUCUCAGAUCAGUGGAGCCACCGUCAGCGUCUUUCACUCUCCUGUUUGUUCCACCUUUAAUUGGAAACGAAGCAGAAGACGUUAACGUUAGCGCUAAGCGACGGUGUCCAGGUUUGUCCUGGGACCCAUCGAAUGGCUGAGGCCGAUCAGUGGACACAGAACAUGAGCUGGACCAAGUCCAGGAACCGUCAGACGGUUUCCUUCCUGUACCAUAGCUUUGACAUACGUCUGAAGACAAGGAGCUGCAGACGCCACACUAACACGUGUCUGAACAAACUCUAGGCAGUUUGGUUCAUUUGGUUGUUUUUCCUUUGGUUCUGAUCCGCAGGUGUCGUGUGGUAGCAGUUUUACUCACAUUAGGAACCAGAUUUUUUUUGUUCUUCUUCUGAUUGUGCUUCUUUUCUAUGUAUUUAUAAAGGAUGUUUUGGUUCCUUUGGUGAUUUAGGCCUGAAUAUACAUGUAAACACAUUUGAUGUCUUAAUACAUUUUAGAUAUUGUAAAGAGAGUGAAGUGAGAAAAAUCGGCCCUUUUGUAAAAACCAAAUACAUCAUGAUACUUCACCCUGUUUUUAAGAGCAGGACGCAAAACGCUUUGCUCACUUUUGUAUAAAAAGCUUUUCCGAUACGAUAUUUAACUUUUUGUAAAGCAUCAUUUGUGUUUCCCCUGGUUCUACUUGUCUUUUGUGUAUUAUUGUGAAAGUAUAUUCAUGGUUAUUACUUACUGCACUAUUUUAUUUUAUGGGGCACUUAAUAAGAGCAAAAAAAGACAAACGCUAAAAGUUAAAAAAGAUUCAAGUUGAGACAAUAUGCACCCGUAUGUUUCUGGCAGAAAUCCUCGUUAUGUGAAUUUUAUCUUUCAGAGGCUUCUCUUACUUUUGGACCGAGUGUUUAGAAGGGAGCAUUUUCUCCACCUUAAUGUUGGACCCGAACCGUUUUUCUUUCUCUCUUCUGUUUGUUUGGGUGAGUUUUUGGGUCACGAAUCUCAAGGAAACUUCCAUCAAUGUCGGUGUUGUUGUUGAUGGUGCUGUUCUCCUCAUUUACUUAUGCAACUGUUGUGUAACACGAGCUCGUGGAAACGUUUGGGACCUUUAAAGAACCAGUAGUUUGAUGCCUUACGAUUGAUCACAGUCCAACAAAGUCUGCUUAUUAUCUCAAAAGGCUUGUUUCAUUUCGUUUUUCCAGCUGUUCUUCUGUUUGUCCCUUGACAACAACCUAAAGUUUCAAUCCUACAAUGAAAUGAAACACAAGGUACGACCCCACAAAUCGCUGGUCUGGUCCCACUGCCCAAUAGUCAAUGGGCAGGAAUCGAACCGAUUCAACUUUAUGCAAAUCCAGCAGGAGCGACAGAAGCUUCCCCUGAACAUCUGUGCAGUGUCUUUGGGAAAAGCCAUUUUCAGCUGAACUAGUCAGGUUCAACACGAAUCCGUCUCCGCUUGCUCGAUCCUUCUUUCUGUCACAGUUGUAGAAAGUUUUCUUCACACUCGGGUUUUUAGCCGAGCUUUUAAAAAUUUCAGCGUCAACUUUGUUCGAUGUUUUACUUCAAUGUGAAAGAGGCAGAGGUCCUUUGUGAAAUAUGAAAUAUAUCAUCAAAGUAUAUCAAAGCACAAUGUUUAAUUAAUGUCUUUAGAAUACGAACGGGUUUCUUUGUGUCUCGGGCCAUGCUGUACAUAGGUGCAUGUUUCUGUUCCGUUCUUCCUGUGAUCCAGUGCUUUUUGUACAGAAACGGUCUAAUAAAGAUACAUUUGGCUUGA